AUGCGCAGACCAGCUCUGAGCCGGUCGACACCGACAGUGACGUAAAAAAUGGCGUCCUCCGCAGCCUGGCUGACUACACGCUGGUUAGCAUUACCAGUUUGUUUUGGACACCGUAGCGGCUGUUUUCUUGUUGUCACCUCAAGGCAUACAAGAGUGUGUUCACCGACGAUAUCGCAGACACGUCGGUGUUCGGUAACGGUUAGUUUGAGCUCCUGGAGACAUGGAAAUGCCGUGACAUUGAGAGGACUGACAGGGUCAAGAUGUCCCAGUGUCACUACCUGCCACUCUCUCCACACCAGCAGCAGAUUGGCAAACAAGCAGGACUUCUAUGAAGUUUUGGGUGUCUCUCGCACUGCUUCACAGAGGGACAUCAAAAAGGCUUACUACCAGUUGGCUAAGAAGUACCACCCGGAUGCUAACCCAGAUGACCCAGAGGCCAAAGAGAAGUUUGCCAAGCUGGCUGAAGCCUAUGAGGUACUGAGUGAUGAGGUGAAGAGGAAGCAGUACGACACAUACGGAGCAGCAGGCUUCGACCCCAGUCGAGCAGGGGCAGGCCAGCAGCAGUACUACAGAGCUGGGGGGGCCACUAUAGACCCUGAGGAGCUGUUCAGGAAGAUCUUUGGAGAGUUUACUGGAGGAAUGGGCUUUGGCAACAUGUUUGAACAAAGGCCUGAGUUUGUCAUGGAGCUUACAUUUGCGGAGGCAGCGAAGGGCGCGAAUAAGGAGCUGAGUGUGAACAUUGAGGACGCCUGCCCGAGGUGUAAUGGGAAGGGCAACGAGCCGGGCACCAAGAUGCCAGUUUGUCACUACUGCAACGGCACUGGCAUUGAGUCAGUCAGCACGGGGCCUUUCAUGAUGCGUGGCACCUGUCGACGCUGCAAUGGGAAGGGAUCCAUUAUAAUCACACCCUGCCUUCUCUGCCGAGGUUCAGGCCAGACCAAGAAGAGGCAGACAGUCACUGUACCUGUACCUGCUGGAGUGGAUAAUGGUCAGACAGUAUGCAUGUCAGUAGGGCAAAAAGAAAUUCUCAUCACAUUCAGAGUCCAGAGCAGCCCAGUGUUCAGGAGGAGCGGAGCAGACAUCCACUCAGACGUGUUCAUCUCUGUAGCUCAGGCCAUCCUGGGAGGCACAGCCACAACACAGGGCUUGUACGAGUCCAUCAGCAUAAUGAUUCCCCCCAGUUGCCAAGCGGAUCAGGUGAUCCGGCUGCAGGGGAAAGGCAUUCGAAGGAUGAACAGCUACAGCUACGGUGAUCACUAUGUUAACAUCAAGAUCCGAGUACCCAAGAAGCUGACUCGUAGGCAGCGCUCUCUGUUGCUGAGUUAUGCUGAAGAGGAGACAGAUGUGCAGGGGACAGUCAUCGGUGUCAGUCCAUCUGCAGGAGGGGGCAGCAGCACUUCAGGCUCUGCUGCGAAGACAACCAGCUCAGAGGAAGGACAAGACAAACAGGAGGAGCAGAAGGACGAGGGAGGCUUCUUCUCUAAACUAAAAAAAAUGUUUAGCUGACACUGAGGCUGCAGGUAAAGAAAUAAAAGAAGAGCAGGCCACUGACCAUGCUGUCUCCUCCUGGUUUGGGGUCUGAGCGAGGCAGAGUGGUAUUUGUGUUGGCGCAGUCACACACUGUUGAAGCUGCGGUUGGCAAAUAGGCCACCUACAUGCCACCAGCCGGUCACCACAGAUGGGUGCUCGGACUGAGAACCUCCAAAACUGCUGGAAGAGAAACACGAUGGCGACUAUAGAGAGGAAUUGUAGUGUAACUGUCCUCCCUGCUUGUUGCGCGUCAAACCGCGCUGUUCACUAAGUCACGUAGUGCUCGUCUGACAGUAACUAUAAAAUACAGCCAAGUAAGAAGAGCAAAUAAAGUAAUACACACAGGUUAAAAGAGUAAUUAAGACAAUUACAAUGGGUAACUGGAUGAAAAGCAAUAAAUUGUACUGUUUUAGGAACUAAAUUAUAACAUGACAGUUGUAUUAUCAUUCUCUGUAUCCCACCACUGUACAUUCUUAGGAGAAUUGCUAAAAAGUGCUGUGUAAUUUGGUACUGUGAUUACAGCAAAUGCAAACAGCGUUCAAGUUUUACAUGUUUGAAUAAUUAAUCAUUUUUUAGUGUAAUCUUGAAAUUAGUGCACAACAGAUCAUCUGAACAUGGAGCAAUGUGAAGUGUGUCUACAGGGUGUAGAGAAUACAGUCAUCAGUACAAUAAAUGAAUAUUUAACCUCUGGCUGUUAUUUUUAAGAUUUUAUUGGUUCUUUCAGAGAAAUGCCUGUAAACCAACAACUGGUGUGUAUAACUAUAAAUCAUUUACUCUUUCUACUGUUUACUAAAUUUUAGAAUUUACUUUAUUACAAUCUAGAAAAAUUAGGCUAUUACUCUGUGCAUUGUCUCUGAACAUUAUCUCCCAACAGUAAAGGCAUUCGUAUUCACUAAAAUCCGGCACCGAGCAGCUUCCGUGUUCAGACAGCAGCCCUCUGACUGACGUCUCCAGCCAACCGCUCUGUCUGAACAGAAGCAUUUGUGAGGGUCAGCGGGAACAUAUACAUCAGACCGGGCUUUUCCAACUGUACUCAAGAUGGUCGGUCUUUGUAAACAGGACUUGU